UGUUAUUGUUCUCUAGUCCUUUUUUGUUUUUAUUGUUCAUAAAAAUGCUUAAUUUAAAUAGGUUAAAAACUGCAAUGAUAAAGCUCUGGCCCUCAUAACCACUCAUGUUAAUGUAGUGGUGCUAUAGGGUCCAACUAGGCCUUAAUGAGAGGAUUGAUUCUUGGUUAUGAAUCGAUCACCAGAGGAAGUAAGGAACAUUUAAUCAACUUCAAGAACACAUUUAAUACAAUUUGAUAUAGUAAGACUUUUUUCUAAAGCAUCACUGAGGAAAUUAACUUAACAUUUUACACAGAACAGGGAAGUGAGGAAGAACACCCCCUCAAUGUAUACUAUCUGGGUAGUAGGUGUGGACUUAAGCGUUGAGGGGAAAGAGAAUAUUGUGUGUCAGGGUUUUGUUUCCAGGAAGUGGGUUGAGUUAUUUAUAUUUCAACACUUGUCCUCUAGUACCCAUGGGAGGACCUGUGUUCGUAACCUGAAACUUUAUAUUUAAACAAUGUCUUAUUCUAGAUGUGUUGCAGUGAACACAAACUACUGUGGGAAUUAGACUGAGAGGAACAAGUGAAGGUUUGUGGCAGAAAAUCUAAAACAUAUACAAUUGGAUGGAUAGAGAGUGACCCUGAGAGGUAAGCUUGGAUGACAUAUUACUCCUCCGCUAGACUGGCAAGAGAUAGAGGUGGAAAUUGUGUGUAGAUUUAAGAUCAUUGUCAUAAAGAAUGGACUAGUUGAAUACAGGAUGAUGGCAACUGGUUACUGGCAAUGUUGCUUUACUGGUGAAAAAGAAAGGAGGUAUUAUGACAGACAAACAUGGCUCAAAUGUUAUGUGUUUGUACUACUGGUGCUGGAUUGAUAUUAUCAAGGAUGCCUUUCAUCCUCUAAAGGAUCCUCUCUUUGUUGGAGAACGUUGUAAUGAAGAUCCAUGAGAAGAUUUUAACCCAUUACCUAUCCUGCACCUCACCGAUAGAUAAAGAAGGAUAUCUCUACAAAAAGAAAGAGAGGACCUCCUCCUACCAGAGGCGCUGGUUUGUCCUGAAAGCCAAUCUCCUGUUCUACCAGGAGCGUCCGGCAGAUCGACACCUGCUGGGGGUUAUUGUCCUAGAGGGCUGUGCUGUCCAGCGCUGUGAGUCUGAGGGAGGACUGUUUGCCUUCUCCAUGGUGUUCAGAGGUUCAGGGCUGAAAACCUAUGGGCUUGCUGCUGAGGACCAGCUGGGUCAGGAGAGCUGGGUCAAAGCCCUGCUCACAGCCAGCCACUGUUACCUUUCACUGCUGGUCAGAGACCUGGGGAAGCAGUACGAAGAGGCUAAACGCCAAGCUGGCCCUGCUGAAUCCCAUCAACGAACCACUGUGACUGGUCCAGGCUCAAUGUGCCUUACCCAAUCCAUGACUUACCUGAACUCAUGCUCCUCCUCCUUCCUCAUGCCAGGACCAGUGAGGAGAGAAGGGGGAAGCCACAGUGCCAGUAAUGUAUUACAAGCCCCUCCAAUCCCCAGCAAAGUCAUCAAUAAGAAGUCCCCUAAGCAUUGGCCCAAGAGAAACGCACAUGUCACACCUAUAAAUGGACCAGCACCACCAUAUGGGGAAUGGCCACAAGUGGACUUUGAUCCUCUAGAGGAUUUCACCAAGCUACAUGAUUACUAUGGAGAGGAGGUGAAGCAGCUGAGAGCUGAUUGGCUGAGGAGGAGGCAGGAGGAAGAGGAGCACCUUGAGGAGGAUCUCAUUGACCUGAGUGAACACUGACCCACAGAGAUCAGACAGUCACCACUCUGGUUAUUUUGAUGAGGACUUUGGUGUGAAUGCCAGUAAUCUGAAAUAAGAAAGUGCCUUUAUAAUUUGAGGAACUAGAGCAUUAAAGAAGAACUAGUCACCUGUGUAUACAUCAUGAUGGGAUUAUAGUCCUAUGAGGUUGAUGGUGAGCCUAAAAAUGUCUUGUCACUAAGCAGAGACUCAUCAUCAAACUCAUAAGACUAUCACACAUAGUGGUGUUGCAAACAACCAGAUGCAUCUGGUUGUCAGGGAUACAGCCCUGAUGUGGGAACUCUGCUCGGGUGUUUCUUUUGUGCCUGCUACGUUAGGCUAUAGGACUAUAAUCAGCUCAAGCUGUAUACACAGGUGACUGGUUCCUCUUAAACACUCUAGUUCCUCAAAUUAUAGUCACUUUCUUAUUUCAGAGUACUGGCACUCCUACUGGUUUGUCUGUUACUGUUUGUAAAUUAUCAUUAAAAUCACUGGUAUAUUUUCUAGGUAAUAUUGAUGGUAAGUGUGAAGCUUAACUUUCUGUCAGCAAUCAGGGUAGUUAUGCAAUAUUGAAGCAAAGAGCUUCCAGUCGAAGCUCGCAUCUACUACAAGACCAUGGUGCUUACCUACGGAAUAGCAAGAUAAACUGCCCCUCUCUACCUUCAGGCUAUGCUCAAAACCUACACCCCAACCCGAGCACUCCGUUCUGCCACCUCAGGUCUCAUGGCCCUCCCACCCCUACAGGAGGGCAGCUCCCGAUCAGCCCUGUCCAAGCUCUUCUCUGUCCUGGCACCAGGCAACACUUCAUCAGCGCUUGACCCCCCUUCCAGCUCUGCUUCUACUGAUAGCUAUGUUAUUGAGGAUAUAUGUACUUUAUAUGCCUGUGAUUAUGUGGUUGUCCCACCUUGCUAUCUUAAGAUGAAUGUACUGACUGUAAGUAGCUCUGGAUGAGAGCAUCUGCUGAAUGACUCAAAUGUAAAAUGUAAAAACAUCCUUGUGAUGUGUUAAACUUCAUAUAUAUUGAUGUGUUGUUACACACUGUCAAGUAAAGGCUUCACAUCCCCGUUUAACAAAAAAAAUAAGUUACAGUGCAGCACUAUAUAAUUAGGUGUAUAUCCUUCAUGUUAAAUGUAUUCAUUAUUUUUAAGAAACUUUAAUGCUCACAAAGGUUGAUGCAGCUCAGCCAUGCUGGACCACCAGAGGGUGCUACAAACACUAGCUGUGAAUUAAACCAUUAAUGUCCACCGAUUAAAAAGUGUGACAAGACUCAGUUUAAUUCAAUCAUCAUAUUGUUAUAGAGAGAGACAUAAGUAUUAAAGAGCCCUCUCUGGUAUUGCCCUGAUGGGACAUCCAUCCACCAGCCAACAUGUAACACAUUCAGUUGAAAAACCAAGAGAUGAAAGUGAGUUAAUAUUAACAGGACCAAUGUAGUCUCUCAUGACAGAUGUGAGAUUUGGAUCUGGGUUCUGAGAUAAGGAUAUAUGAGGAUUAAUAUAAUGUACACUAGUGAGACACCAGUGGUAAAAUAAACAAGUUACGUAUUUAAGAAUAUCAGAUCAACGGAUCAAACUGAAGCUCACACGGUGGCAGGUAUCCUAGUGGUAAAGAGCAUUGGGCCAAUAACCCAAAGGUUGCUGGUUUGAAUCCCUGAGCUGACUAGGUGAAAAAUCUGUGAAUGUGCCCUUGAGCAAGGCUCACAUCCAUAUAUGCUCUGGGUCAGCUAAAAGUUGAAACUUUAACCUUUUAAGUUGAAGUGUGAAAGUGGUUUUCUAUGUGCGUCUCAAAGAUGAGACUUUGGCUUCACCACAUAGCAGAAAUUCAUACCAAUCAUAUAGAAUGUGAUAGAUUUGUCCAGGGGAGCGUGGAAGUGUGUCACCUUACACAAAGCACAUACAUCUGUAUACUAACACCUCCUCACACUGUGACAGGAUAUAAACAAGCCAUAAGGUGUAACCCAGGGCUGUUCAAUUCCCUUCCUGGAGGGCCAAAACACUUUGUUUCUACCUGGUACUUAAUCGCACUCACCUGGUGUCCCAGGUCUGAAUUAGUCCCUUAUUAGAAGGAGAGGAUGAAAGCCAGAAGUAUUUUGUCCCUCCAGUACCGACAUUGAACAGCCCUAGUAAUCUGUCUUAUAAUAAAGUAGGCUAUGUGCACUCUAUAUAAGGAAGUAUGGGGUCCUGUUACAGAAAUGUGUGUAGAUAAUGUAUGGUACACCAUAUGACCAAACAUCCUUGAAUGUAACUACCCUGGUUAAAUAAACUAAAGGA